ACUUCCCUGGAACAGGCGACGGACAACAAGGGACCGCUGUUGAAGGUUGCUUACGUUAGGUAGUCGUCGGCAUGACAGAUUGUCGUUUUAACUUUAGGCUGAUAUGAUAGUAUAGUAAAAGUCCUCGUUGUAUCCUCGUCUAUGUUUAUGGAUUUCCCAGGAUUUUACGCAUCUGCAAAGUGACUUUCAGGUAACGUUGGAAAAAUGCCAUUGCACGGGAAGAUUGUCGUGAUUAAGCGGAGUGGAGGAGAUGGGACUGAAUUUCCUCUGACUGCAGCAUGUUUAUUUGGAAGGAAGCCUGACUGUGAUAUUCGUAUUCAGCUUCCUCAAGUCUCCAAGGAGCACUGUCGGAUUGACUUGAAUGAGAAUAAAGAGGUCAUUUUGACCAAUUUAAGCUCAGCAAAUCCAACGCGUGUCAAUGGCGAGGUUUUGCAGCAGUCUGAGCGCCUGAAACAUGGAGAUGUUAUAACCAUUAUUGACCGUUCUUUCAGGUUUGAGUAUCCUCCGGCACCAACGCCAAAGAAGAGAUCUGCCAUCGGAGGCAAACCCGAAACCCUCAAGGUUCUUCAAGACCAGCAAGUGGGGGACACCCCUAUUGUGGAAAAAGGAGAAAAGAGAUUCUCUGAAGUGUCAUCAGAUACUUGUCUUAAAGAUGGAGCCAACCAUGACAAUAUUCAGCAUUCCUUGGAGAAAACCGGAGAGUUGGAGUCCAAGGCAGACGAUAGCCUGCUACAAGGCAAGAACAACUCCCCCUUCAGCGACCUGUAUCAAAUGAUCAAAAAAUCUCUGGAUGUCAAGACCCCUCGGAAAUCUUGUGCCAGUCAGCUUGAAACACCUUCCUCAAAGGUCGCCUCUCCAAAACCCAAUUCGGUCAGAAAAGGUAGUGCCAUUUUAACUGAGAGAAAAAGCACUCCUAAGAAAAGUGAAGUUCUAGCUGGACCUGGAAGUACAAAUGGGGGAACUCCAGCGUCUGUGAGUAAGCAAGCGAAGGUUCCAGCUGCUGAGACGGCUGAACCCAGAGCAGAAAAGGCUGAAAAUGGCAGCGUGAUUGAAACGGCUUCACCUCGGAAAAGAAACGGCGCAACUCCUCAGAAGUUUACUGUGAACGAGGUUGUUGAGCAAAUUACAGCUGAAACACCCAAGUCGCCUGCGAGGAGGAGGAGUAAGGAAACGUCACCUGGCAAAACUCCAGUGACCAAGAACCAAGACGAAAAAACAAAGGCAUCACCCAGGAAUUCAGCUGGAAAAGGAAAAGAAGUGUCCAAAAAACGCAAGAGUGCAGAACUUGGAGAAGACUUGCCCAAACAGCAAACGAAGAGGAAACGUGUUUCCUUUGGAGGUUACCUGAGCCCAGAGCUGUUUGACAAACGGUUGCCUCCUGACUCUCCAUUACGCAAGGGGGCUACCCCACGGAGGAGCUUGUCUCUCUUGAGACCCAAGCAGUCACUGCUUAGACGAGCAUCCGUCAUCGGCUUGCUAAAAGAGGGCAGCCCACGUGCAAAAAGUCCUGCAAAAACAAAAACACCAUCACCUAAGAAAUCACCGAGCAAGAAAACGGCUUCUCCUAAGACUCCAACUUCUGUGAAGAAGUCGCCCAAGUCCAGGUCCCCGUCUCCCGCAAAGAAGUCGCCCAAGUCCAGGUCCCCGUCUCCCGCAAAGAAGUCGCCCAAGUCCAGGUCCCCGUCUCCCGCAAAGAAGUCGCCCAAGUCCAGGUCCCCGUCUCCCGCAAAGAAGUCGCCCAAGUCCAGGUCCCCGUCUCCCGCAAAGAAGUCGCCCAAGUCCAGGUCCCCGUCUCCCAAAGCAGCUUCUCCUGCCAAUAAAUCGCCCAAAUCCAGAUCAGCUUCUCCUAAAGCAACAGCGAAUAAAUCGCCGAAAUCCAAGAGCCCAUCUCCUGCAAGAGGAAGAUCUCCUUCUAAAGUGGAAACUCCUAAAACCAACGAACAGCAGAAAAGUCAACGCAGGGCUUCAACCCCAGGGCAGAUUCCCCACAAGCAAGUUCCUGCUGGAAAAAGAAGGGCAACUGUGGGUUUGCCUGGUACUUCUCUGGAAAGUGCUCCUGCUGUCAUCCUUACACCAGCUAAAACUCCCACUAAUUCAGGAGUUCAGGCCCCCACGGUCAAGGGGCGGUUUUCUGUGUCACAAAUUAGUACACCCUCUCCAAUAGCUGAAGCCGACAAGGUCACUGACCAGGUUCUUUUGCCCACCGUCACCCCUAAAACACACAAGGGAAGGAAAAGCACCUCGCAGAAGACUCCAGGUGCUGUGAAGAGUGCAGUAAAGAUGCACAGAAGAAGUGGCAUUUCAAGAGCAUCUAUAAAAGUCUCCAAUCCUUGGGCGCACAUUGUGAAAUUUGGUCAACCUAAGGCUCAAGUUGUUGCUCCACUUAAAAAAACCAUUGCCCAAAAGCCUAAGAAGAAAGCAGUGCCCAAACCACAGACACCUGCCAGAAAUCUGAAGGGCUACGUGAGCACUGGACAUGCAGACUCGCCCGCCACCAUUGUUGUGGGUAGAGCACACAGACAGACCGUUGUGCAGCCAACUGGCGCUGCACCAAGAGUGGUCACCAAUGUUGCACUCUUCAAAAAGAACAUGAAAAUGGAUGAGGACUUGACUGGUAUUUCUGAAAUGUUUAAAACGCCUGUAAACGAAAGGAAGCGGAAGUCUUUAAUCGACGAUAACGUCGUCACAAAGACACCGGCAGGAGGUCAGAGCGCAUCUGUGAUGGAGCCAUCAGUGCUGAACACACCAGAGGAACCAGGUGAGAUGAUAGUAUCUCCGCUGAGUGUUACAUCUGCAGUAAAAGGCAGAAGAUACAACAGUGAGGCAGUCCAACGCCUCCUUGAUGAAGAUCAAGACGCCACCUUCAUGGGCCAGAUUCAGUCAGAGUCAAGUGAACGGCAGAGUGCAGAUUUGCAGACGUCCACUGUGACAACUCCCAAACAGAGGCCAGAAUUACCAGAUUCGCUCACUGGGGUAAAGAGGAUCAUGAAGACGCCAAAACAGAAGGCUGAGCCUGUUGAAGAUUUGAGAGGGAAGCUGUUGAAAACUCCCAAACAGAAGCCUGAAAAACAGGAGUGCCUCACUGGGGUCAAGAGGAUCAUGAAGACUCCGAGACAGAAAGCCGAACCUUUAGAGGACAUCAGAGGGAAUCUUCUGAAGACUCCCAAACAGAAGGCUGAACAGCAAGAGUGCUUCACUGGAGUUAAGAGAAUUUUUAGAACUCCAAAGGAGAAGGCUGAACCGCUUGAAGACCUUCGAGGGAAGAUUCUGAAGACCCCCAAAGCCCCAGAGGGUGGUGAUGCCAGUUUGGAUGGUGUUAAGGAGCUUCUGCAGACGCCAGCACAGUUGCAAGAAUCUGACGCAAAACGCAUGAAAACUCCAAAAACGAUGAGCUCCCCAGUGGUUCACCUCACCGGAAUCAAGAAAAUAAUGAAGACACCCAUGGAGAAAGGUGCUCCUGUCGUAGAUAUGGUUGACGUGAAGAGGCUCAUGAGAACUCCCAGACAGAAAGGUGAACCUGUUGAGGCGAAUUUCGGGCUCAAGAGACUCAUGAAGUCGCCGAGGCUGAGGGGUAAUGCUCCAGUGGAGGACUUCGAGGGACUUCAAGAACUUAUGGAGGAGCCACUGACUGAGCCCACAGUACAACCAGAGGCAAAGGAGCAGGGUGAAGCUCAGAUGUCUCUCGACAGCAGUGGAAACGUGGAAAAAGAUGCCAUGGAAACGGUCUCUCAGGCAGAUGCAGUACUUCUUGAAGAAGCUGAGGUGAAGACUGCUGUGAAUGCAGAUCCUGCCCAUGAGAAGAAAUCUGUACGAGGCAGAAGGGCAAAAACGGUGGAAUCUAAAGCAGCUCAGGAUAAACAGGAAGCACCAGACUCUGCCGAAGAGCCUGUAAUCCCUGCUCCAUCCAGAGGAAGAAGAGGAAAGAAAACUGAAGCUACAGCACCACCUGCUGUUAGACAGACACCAAGACGCAGAAAUGCGAAGACAGCUGUUGAGCUGUCAGCAGAAGAGAAUCACCUUCAGUCUCCCAAAGUUGCUCCUAAGCCGAAAAGGGGUAGAAGUGCACAGCAGUCUUCUAAAGAGCCUGAAGUUGCUGCUGAAGCUGAGCGUGUUCAGAGCCAGCCACUUGAUGUUGAGGAGAAAGCAAAUGAAAGUGCUGUGCCCAAGCGAGGAAGAAGAGCUAAGCAACCCAAAGAGUCACAGCAACGAAAUGUGACUGAGGAUGUUCCCCAAGAUACACCAGAUGCAAAUGUAGCCUGCAGUGACCAGCCUGAGGUGUUGCCAGGUGGAGCUGAUGAAAACAAACCUGAUGCCAUGGAAACUGUUGUCCAAGCACCUCAAGCUGAAAGCUUACUUCACGUGCAGACACCAGUUUCAGUUCAGAAGAAAUCUGUCCAAGGCAGAAGAGCAAAACAGGCCGAAUCUGAAGAACUUGAAGAUAAAAAAGAGGCAGCUGAAAUUCCUGAAGAUCCCAUUGUACCUACUCCAGCGAGAGGAGAAAGAAGAGGGAAGAAAAUGGAAGCUGCAGCGCCACCUGCAGCUAGACACACAAAAAGAGGCAGAAAUGCAAAGUCUCAGGAGAGCACCUCUGAGACCUCCGCUGAUGUCAGUGCCCAAGCGUCUGUGAUAAACACCAGUCAAGAAAAGUAUUCUGCACUCCAGACAGAAGAAGCUGUCGCUAAGCCAGUCAGAGGGAGGAGAGCAAAACGAACACCUGUUGAGCCAGCUCAACCAGAGCCUGUAACGGUUGAAACAGCGAGUGGGGAACAGGGCCAAGUGGAAAACGCUGAGCCUCAGAAGCCCACUCUUCCCACCGCUGGAAAAUCACGAAGAGGGAGAAAGGCAAGACAGGAUACCGCUGAACAGAAUGAGGUGACCGAAGAGGUGGUCGAGCAGGCAGCAGUGGAGACGAAUGCGCAGUCUCAGCCUCCAGCCAGAGUAAAGAGGGGCAGAAAUGCCAAACAGGAUGAAGAAAAGAUGAAUGAGCCUGCUAAAAAAAUAAAACUAACAAAGUCUGAGCAGGCCCAAACAGAAUUAACAGAAGAAGCCCAAACUGCUGAGAUGGUCAUUUCAGAGACAACAGAACCAGCCCAGAUACGCAAAGAGGCUAGCGUGGCCACGAAGCCCAGAAGAGGAGGGCGGAAAGCAAAACAAGACACAGAGAUUGUGGAAUCCAUUGACGUCAAAGAGGUCCCUGUUGUCAAUGAAAAUAAACCCAAACGAGGCAGGAGGGGCAAACAGGCUGCCGAAGAAACUAAAGCCACUGCCGAAAAUCCUGAACACAAGCCGGAGGCUGAGGAGGAGAAAAAUGCUGAGCCACUUUCCUCGUCUAUGAAAACUAGCAGGUCAAGGGGGGUGAGGGCUUCUGCUAAAUGUGAGACUUCACAAGCCAUUCCAGCCAAGAGAGCCCGCAGAGGUACAACGGUUUCUCCUGAGGAGGUCAACACAGAAUCCACAGUUUUGGUUUCCGAGCCUGCUCGCACAUCAGUGGAACCAGCAAGAAAGGGAAGACGGGGAGCAUUAAAGUCCACAACAGAAGAGCCUACGACGACUACUGACCAGAAGAACCCUGAAGCUGUUGAGAGCAACGCAAAGAUGUCCAAAAGAUGUGUUAAGUGGAAAUCAGACUUGGAAGUCUUCGAGAUUCCAAAGGCGACACCUGUAAAAGCAGUGCGAGGUAGGAAGCCUAAAGCUGCAGACCAAGUCAACAGUGAAAGCAAAAUUGUGUCAAAUGUUGCCAACAAAACUGAAGAGGAGGAUCUCUCAGGUAAAGCUGUUGACAGUAGGCCUGUUAAAAGAGUCGGGCGAGGGGCGAAGACUGCUGCCAAAGUGGAACCUGCAAACAACCCCAAGAAAACCGUUGAAGCUGAAACGCAGCCUAAAACCCGCAGAGGAAGAUCAGCAAACAAAUAGAUGCAUUUGUACACAUCAGUACCUUUUUAAUGAUAAUCUAUUUUUGUACGUGUCUUUUUAUUUUUUUCCUUCCUUUUUUUUAGAUUGUAAUGCUUUGCGGUAGUUUUAUAGUGAAAAAGCUUUUUGCCUGAGUUCAGCAUGGAGUCUUUGUUUUUAAUCAUUUGGUGUCAAGCUGUAUUAUUCUUCACUGAUUCUGCAAAUAUUUUAUGGUUCAAAAAAUUGGUUAUUAAAUUUUUUUUCUACAUUGGAAAA